AACGGUUAACGUCUUUGCAUUCAGAGGCGUGUUCGGGGACUGGACCUUUCAAAAACGAAGGAAGCUGCACUUCCGACUUCUGAAAGUUCAACGACAAAUUAAGAUAAUCAAUGGCAGAGGGCGAUAAUAAAAGCGCAAAUCUUUUGGCUCAGGAAACGGCUCAACUCGAGGAGCAGCUUCAAGGAUGGGGGGAGGUCAUUUUAGCUGGGGACCAGUUCCUGAGGUGGGAAAAACCAUGGUUCCCUGGGGCCUUGAUGGGUAUCACCACAGUCGUUUUCCUGCUUGUCUACUACUUGGACCCGUCUGUGCUGACUGGGCUGUCCUGUACCGUCAUGAUUCUGUGCCUGGCUGACUAUCUGGUGCCCACCCUCGCCCCACGCAUCUUUGGCUCCAAUAAGUGGACCACAGAGCAGCAGCAGCGUUUUCACCAAAUCUGUGGGAGCCUGGUGAAAACCCAGCGCCGCGUGAUUGGCUGGUGGCGACGCCUCUUCGCCCUGAAGGAGGAGAAACCCAAGAUGUACGUCCUGUCAGUGAUCAGCAGUCUCGUGGUUGUGGCCUGGAUUGGACAGCAGGUCCAUAACCUCUUCCUCACCUACCUGAUUGUGAGUUUCCUGCUGCUCCUGCCCGGCCUCAGUCAGCACGGCAUCAUCAACAAAUACUGCGGCAUGGCCAAGAGAGAGAUCAACAAGCUCCUGAAGCAGAAGGAGAAGAAGAGCGAGUAAACGCCCUUCGGGUAACACCACAGGUGGAUUCUGUAGUGUUGGGAAGUCCAAAGGAACGGCAAAGAGUGCGCUGGUGUGUGAGAGUCAGUCAUGGCCACAGUCACCCCCCUACCCACCCCCCACCCCAUAUCUUAAAUAAUGGCACAGACCCAUGAGCUUCUGCCUUUCUGCUUGAAUAACUGGUGGAGAAAAAGCAAAUAUAUAGGCUUGAAUCACUUGUAGGCUUCAGUUCACCACUCAAGAGUUUCACCACCAUGAUGGGCAGAGUUUGGAUAGUAUUCUUUCGUGUCAUUAUAUGCAUCACAUCUAAGUGUUUUGCGUGUAACGGCGCUUAAUGCAUUAACUAUGUAAAAUCAUGACAUCGCUUUUAAGAGCCGUUUGCUUUUAUAAGCCAGUGAGGCAACUACUGAAAUAUAUUUACUCAGUCCUUCACGACUCUUGCUCUUAAAAUAGGGUGUGUUGUGUGGUUUGUGGGUUGUUGUUUUUUUUUUUGUUUUUUUUUAAAUCUUUUCUAGUUGGCUUUAGAAAGUGAUCAUUAAUCAUACUUGGAGUGUCAUGUAUUAUAAGGCAUUUAGCGUUGUUUUUAAAACUGCACUGGAAUCUUGAGAAACUGGAGUGUUAAGAAGCUGUGUUAUUGCCCUGUGUAUGCUUGCAUGGGGGGGUCUUGACCCAUAUACUGCUGUUUAUUGAGUUUCUCAUCAGCACUAGCCCCUCACGCCUGCUCCUGGGUUACCCCUGUAAAUAUACCUCUGAUGUGUGUGUGUGUGUGUGUGUGUGUGUGUGUGUGUGUGUGUGUGUGUGUGUGUGUGUGUGUGUGUGUGUGUGUCAUUUUCCCUCUGGCUGGUCUAAAUGUCUUUACCUAUGUCUUUUCAUUUCCUGUUGCUGACACCUUAAUAAAGGCUGGUUUAAAUGCA